GUCCAAAAAUGAUAAAAUAACUUGACACUCCUCCUGAGCGAUACAGCCAAACUGCCCAGGUGUAAUUUGCUGCAACGCGUAUGGGUUUUAUUCUGCCUUGCAUAGGAAUUUGCUUAACAUGAGAGUCUUAAUCGGAGGGGGUUCUGGCUUUGUGGGCCGUGAGCUGACCCGUAUUCUCAGGGACAAAGGUCAUGAGGUCACAGUGAUAUCUCGCCAGCCCGGUCCAGGGAAGAUAACAUGGGGCGAGUUGAAGUCUCAGGGCCUCCCGCCAUGCGAGGGCGCCGUCAACUUGGCCGGGGAGAACGUCAUGAACCCACUUAGAUGGUGGAAUGAAAGCUAUAAGAAGGAUUUGUUCUCGAGUCGCAUUGACACUACAAAAGCUCUUUCUCAAGCCAUUGCUGCUUCCCCGAGUCCUCCUCGCUCCUGGGUGCUUGUGUCGGGUGUAGCUUGCUACAAACCCAGUCUGACAGCUCAGUAUACGGAAGACAGUGAGUGGACGCCGUUUGACCUCCUAUCAAAUCUUGUCAAGGAGUGGGAGGCCUCUGCACUUCUUCCCGAGAGCGUGGCAAAAACCACCAAGCAAGUCGUCAUUCGGCCCGGGGCAGUGCUGGGUCGCGACGGCGGUGCCAUGAAGCAAAUGCUGCUGCCCUUCUGGCUCGGCCUCGGAGGCACCCUGGGGUCUGGAACGCAGCCGUUCCCCUGGAUCCACGUCUCGGACCUGGCGGGGAUCAUCGUCCACGCCCUGGAGUCCCCAUCCGACGCCCCCUCCCCAACCCAGCAAGUGCUAAACGGAGUCGCGCCGGCCCUCAACACCAACUACGAGUUCACUAAAGAACUGGGCCGCGUCCUGAGGCGACCCACCGUUUUUCCCGUGCCGGGCUUCGUCAUGAACGCCCUGAUGGGCUCGGAAAGGGCCGUGAUCCUCACUGAAGGGCAGAGAGUCGUACCGCAGAGGACUUUAGAGUCUGGAUUUGAGUACAAGUUCCCAGACUUGAGCUCAGCCCUGAAGGAGAUCGUUGGGAGCUAAUAGAUGUCGGAGGGAUGUUUGCAGGCUCUGUCAUUGUGUAUUAAUAUUUACUGUAUUGCAAUAACAUAAAUAAAUUAAGAUAUGAAAUCCCAGGAGUGUAACUGGA